AUGUCGUCCAGCGGCUUUGCUGCGCCAUUUGCUUACGCCGCUGCGCACUCAGCAUCGUUCGAACGAGACGCGCAUCGUCGCUCCUCAUCGAACAUGAUCUAUUUAGGGUGUGCAAGCAAGGUCAGUGCGGGCAGCAGAGCGAAAAGGGAGAUGCUGGAAUUGAACCGCGCCGUUGCACACGCUGUAGGGUGUUGGUGUGUACCUGAGCCUCACUUUCGCGUAGCACAACGCCUCGGGGCAUGCGCCGACCCGUCCAGAACCAUGACGUCGCCCGCAACAUCUGCGACAUGUGCAAAAUUUGCGAUUUCUGCGACUUCUGCGAGCUCUGCAAGUGCAGCCCGAGACAGCAACGCCACAAUAGAUGCAGCAGGAGAUGACGUAAACACGCAAGGCGGUGGCAACGACUAA